GUCCGGUCCACCCAAUGGAACCUCCCAUUACGAAGGACAGAAGAAUUUUCACCACAGGGAUGUGAAAGGCUAGAGCGACACCGCUUGGCACCACCAACGCCAUUGGGCGGGUUUUCAAAUUUCUGAGCGGCGAUGUCCAGAAUGCGUUCUACACUAUUUCUGUCUCUAUGGUUCCAUUGCGUUGUAGAGCUCCUAGAAGGCGGGUUGGGACAGCAUGGCCGAGAGAGACGGAGCAUCGGGAUUGGUCAUCUCGUCAGGAGGCGAGACCUAUCAGGGACAGGAGGAGGCGGGACUACGCGUGCGCGGCCGGUCGAGCUUGUGCAAGGUGUUUUUUAUCUGGUUGCACGCAAGAGACGAAGAGAACCCCCAUGAAGUAAGUGAGCGGGCAGGGGUAGGGAGGUUUUGGUUUGGUAUGGCGUGUGGAGGUUUGGGCGAGCGAGGGGGCUUCUCUUGAGUCAGCGCGCGGCCCUAUAGAUCGUCUUCCCGAGAGCCGAGAUCCAGCCUGAAACGUGUGACGCCCUGACACGGAAGAAGAGCACGUCUGAAUUUGCGCAAGAUCGCCACGCAUUCCUCUCGGGUCUUUAAAUCAUAGCUGUCAACGUUUCCCUUUUUUAAAGGGAAAUUCCCUUAUUCUGAAUAGGAUUCCUCGCAAGAGAAGGGAAAAGUUGACAGCUAUGCCUUAAAUAUGCCUCAGUAUAGCGUGGUGCUAGGACGAGAUCGGCGACAUGCAAGUCUCUUUAUUCUGCCAUGAGCCUCGCCGGGUGAUAUUUGGCUAAUUACCUCUCUCUUCCUCACGGGGACGGGGUUUUUUAAGCUGCGGAAGGACCAUGUACACUGGCGCGAAUUGCUGGGACACCCUUCAGGGUGGUGAGAAUGGAUGUGAAGUCUGUCCUGAACUCACACGGCUUUUGUUUCUCUCUUUUUCUCUAGUCCACUAACCAAAGUGAAGCUUAUCAACGAGCUGAAUGAGCGCGAGGCACAGCUUGGUGUACAAGAGAAGGUCUCCUGGCAUGCUGAGUACAGUGACAGUGCCUGGGUGUUUGUGGGUGGGUGUCAAGCGCAGAAGCAGCCUCUGAUGCACGAUCCCUGAAAGUAUAGCAGUUUGUGCGACUUUUGCUGGGAAUUGUACUUAUUUCCUCCUCCCCUUUUUUUGCUUCUAGGUGGUCUUCCCUAUGAGCUGACAGAAGGCGACAUUAUUUGUGUGUUUUCACAGUAAGUGAAAAACUGAGAUCUAUUUUGUAUUUUACAUAAAAAACAUAAACAAAUGAAUUAAAUACAUAAACAUAUAAUUUUUUUUGUAUUUAAUUUUUAUUAGUUAUCCAAAUUUUAACAAAUCAAUCCAAAUUGUUUAAACAUCUUUUUAAAUAAUUAGGUUUCCUGCUCCUGUGCAAACAUAUGUCCAAUUCCUCCAGUUGCUGCCUUCUUCAUUCUUCUUAUUUAAUCAUCUUCUCAUCCUUCGAUUCAUUUUAAUCCAUUUACAUAGCUAGCCGCUCUUGUUGCCUUACAGUCAGCUCCUCUGUUAUUUCCCAAACACAUAAAUGUCUGUGAGCAGCCUUUCAGGCACUCUUCUCAGGUCUGGUGUGAAGAGAGAUUAACUGUCAGCAUUUAUUGUCCAUUCAACAUUCCAUUUCUUUGAGAACUCCUUUGAAGGCAUCCCUUUUGACUUCCCUCCCCCACAUUGUGGAUCUUAAUGUAAUGAUUUCCCCCCUCUGUAUCUCUAUCUCAACUAUUUUUAUAAAUCCUUUAUCAAUCCAUAGUUCGAAUUUUUACUACAGAUUUUCUGUCAAUCCUACCAAAGUAUGUAAUGGAUCACAAUAGCUUUUCAAAUAAAUUAUAAACUCCCCAUUCUUUAUUAAAGACCUUCCUGGUUUCUAUUUUUUUCUGUAAGUUUUGCCAUCUCAGCAUAGUUCAUCAGUUUUGUCUACCACUCUUCUUUGGUCGGUGUUGUACCAUCUUUCCAUUUCUGGGCUAAGAGAGUGUGCACAGCCAUGGUCACAUACAUAGUUUUGUCUGGCCUAUUGGGAUCUCUGGUCCUAUAAUACCUAAAAGAAAAGCUUCUGGUUUCUUAGGAAAAGUUAUUUUCAACAUUUUUUUCAGUUCAUUAUAUAUCAUUUCCCAGAAGUCUUUAAAAACAUUUGUGGUGCAGUCUACUCAGAAGUAAGCCCCAUCAAAUUCAAUGUGACUUAUCCACACUUCCUUUUGUUCUGCUGCUUUCCCCUGGGAAAAGCCAUUCUUUAUAGUGCUUGAUCACAAUUCAGGUUUUCUUCAGAUUGAUGUUCUCUCCAAUUUAGAAUUAAAAGAGAGUGUUUACCCUGGGAAAGGAGCAGGGCAAGCAGAAAACCACUUGGACCCGUGCUUUCUAGAUAUGGGACAUGAAAUUAAUGGACAAGACUGAGUUAGGUCCAUUAAUUAAUAGCAUUACAACCCACCCCAGUUUCCGUGAGUGGUGUGAGACUCCCGGGUGUGCUUUCCAGGGUCUGUGAGCCUCUUGAAGACAAUGAGACACAGCAGAAUCUGUGGUGUCAUUAUGAUAUGUGUUUUAUUUACACAUAUAUAGAACUUGUGUCUGGAUGGAGGGACUGCAGAGUGUUCGCAUCACAAGAUGGUCCUAUUCCUCCCAUUGCUGCAGCCUCAGAUUCCAAGAGACCGCAAACAUCAUGUCUCACCCUCUCUGCAGCAUAAAACAAGACUGCCUGCCUUGUGCUUUGCCUCCCCACACCCCCACACUCCAGCCUGAAAAGGGACACCUUUGUCCUGUUUGCUUAUCUCACCCAUCACUGCAAUUCAGCCCCUCCCUUCUGAAAUUCUGGCUUCCUGUCUCUGCUAACUAUCUCUCACUUCAGGGAGAGGCUUUCCCCCAUUGUAAGUGAGGGAAUAGCCUGGCUGGCGAUUUAUACAUUGCAAACAGAAUGCCAUACUAGAUGGAUCUUGAUGUGACCCAGUGUGGCAAUUACAUUCAUGGGUACAAUUUUUGAAGCAGGGUUAUACUCUUCUCACCUCUCUGUCUUGAGAAAUUAAACCCUACACCUGUGUUUUCUUAAUAUUUCUUGGCUUGACUUGUAUCCUUCCAUGUUUUCAGUGUGAAGCCUAAGUUCUGUUGAUCUCUGUUUUUCUUUUCAGGUAUGGGGAAAUUGUGAACAUAAAUCUAGUACGUGAUAAAAAGACAGGGAAAUCCAAAGGUUUCUGUUUCAUUUGCUAUGAAGAUCAGCGAAGCACUAUUCUUGCGGUUGAUAAUUUUAAUGGAAUAAAGGUUGGUUUGGCAAUUGGAGACAUAAAGUGUCUAGAAUUCCUCUCUGUUGUACUUAGCUACUAGAGUCAGGCUGUGAUAAGUUCUCACUCUGGAAGGUGCAUUGAGUCACCAGACUCUUCUUGGAAAGGUUUGCAGAAAUUGAGCAUUUUCAAUAGCCCUUAAAAGGACUAGUCAUAGUAUUUUGUCAGGCAUCUUAACAUUCUAUGAGUUUAGUUCUCAUUUUGCUCCAGGCUUAUGUUUUGUGGUGCCACUUCUGCCUAAAUCUAAAGAAGAGGAGGAUAACAAGGUUGCCAGUUUAGAUGUGUUUGUUCCAUAAUUGUAAUGAUUCUCUGUUCACAGAUUAAAGGAAGGACAAUUCGUGUGGACCAUGUGGCUAACUAUCGCCCACCGAAAGACUCUGAGGAUAUUGAUGAUGUAACAAAAGCUCUCCGAGAAAAAGGAUGUGGUGCUAAAACACCUCCAAGUUCACCAGAGUCUUCAAAAGAUAGUGAGGUGGUAGUAAAGAAACACAAAAAAGGUAACAUCUAUGUGUGUGUCUGAAAAUUGUAAGUCUGUUUGAAACUUCCAAGUCUAAAAAUAUGAGCCAGCUUUUGAUUCCUAGAAAUGACUAGUGUGCAAGGCAGUGACAAAGCAUGCUGGAAAGUCUAAAGUUACGUCAUGUUCCCUGCCUUUCUUGAGUUAUAGUAUGCCUUUUACCUGACUAGUUGUCAAAUACCUGCUAGGAUUGUCUAGCCUUUGUUUAACGGGUGGUUUGAGGAGGUGAGGGUGAAGGAACUGAAACAGAUGGCUAGUCUUUAUGUGUAUUUCUCUUAAACUGUUGCCCGUGAUCCUUACAAUGUAUAAUGCAAGGUCAGCAGUAGGGCAGAACUGAUACCAAGAAUAAAAAGAGCGAACUGAAUUUGGGAAAGAUGGAUUUAAAAAUGUUUUGUGUCUGAGUGUCUUGGGAAUGUUAGGGCAUAUGACACACUAGGAAGAAGAGGUUCCUGGAGAGAUUAAAUAUUUGGGAAUGGUUAGAUGAAAGAGCAGAAAUAAUGAGGACCUUUAGUAGGGAUGUCGCAAACCUUUUUGACCUCUGUGUCUUGCUGUUCAUCUAAAGAGAAAAGCAAGAAGAAGAAAGAGAAGAGAGAGCACCGAAAAUGCGCGAAAGAGGAACAGCUUGCAGACUCGCCUCCUUCUAAAACCAGGAUCAAAGUGGAGAAGGAAGACCCAGGGUAUGAAUGGCAUGUCAAUGCAAGUCAGCAGACCUGGAGUAGCACAUCUGGGCACAAACAUGCAAGCAGGGCACAUCAUGAACAGGAGUCUAAGUAUGAGCAUGUGAGAGUGAGGUCUCGAGACAGAGCCACAGACAGGGACAGGCAAGAACAGAGAACAAUCCACAGUGAGAAGCACAAGAAGGUAGAUACUUCCAAAGAAAGGCCCCGAGCAACAGAAAGCAGAAGAUCCCGGGAGUGAUGGGAGAGAAGAAAAGCCCUGCAAGGAGGAGUCUUCAAGCCACCACAGACCCACCUGACCCUGUGACAUGCAGGGAGCCCUGAAUCCUUGGUGGAGUGAAUGUUGUGUGUUGUUGGCCUCCGUUUGUUUUUAAGUAACUUUUUAUUGUUUUAGAAAUAGAAAUAAUGAAUUUUGCAAAUAAAUAAACCAUGUCUUCACAUGUCAUUUGUAUAUAUCACAAUCUUGUACCUAUUAUUUCUCCACUAAUCCCAAUAUCACAUCACCCAGAUUUUUAUCAGCAAGGGAGAGUUAAACAAUUUGAACACUGGGAAUUCACAUUGCAAGAUUUCUAUACCAAUAAUCAACCUAUAUUUGGUAACCAAAUAAAAUUAACUUCGUCAAAUCUUAAACACAAACUGGAUUUGUUUUAAUUGUAUUCGUAGUUUUAUUAUAAAAGAACAUGUAAAAACACAAACUCUGAGAGCCUUAACACAAUUUGAAAAUUUAUUAAGCAUAAAGGAUUAGUGUCUAAAUUGUGCUCUAUAUAACUUAGUGCAGGAUUGCCCAACAGCUUGAUCGGGAUCGACUUGUAGAUCACCUGACUGAUUUCUGUCGAUCGCAGCCCAGCUUCUCUCCGAGGCAGCCUGAGAGAGCACAGCAUGCUCCUCGCAAAAGACGCACCUGCACAACAAAGGCAGAAGGAGAAGGAGAAGCAAGGAGGCAGGAGGAGGCAUACGCAGAUGGAGAGGCAUGCCGAGAGAGAGAGAGAGAGAGAGAGAGAGAGAGAGAGAGAGAGAGAAGCUGGGUGCAGAAAGGAUUCCUUUAGGUUCACACUUUGAUAGGAAUUUUAUGGUCUUAGAUAUAUGGUAAUGUUCAUAAGUGUACCAACCAAGCAUGUACAUAGAUCAGCACAGGAAGACCAACCUGGAACCAUUUUGAUUCCUAAACUGAUCAAAUGUUUUCUCUGCAAGGUCAAAGUGGAAAAGCCUCCCCAUUGUCUUUUCCUUCACAAAUCCUGUCUUAAGGGUAUGUCUGUGUCUGAAUACGGUGUGAGCCUGUGACCUGGCCCAGGAACUAAGUAUUUAUUGCUACAAAAGAAUGGCCAGGCUCCCCAGGCAAUCCAAUCAAGUAACCUGCCAGACAGGAGAUAAACAACAACAGGAUAAAACAAUAUUCAAAUUUAUGUUUUAUGCUGCCUUUUCUGUGAUGUAGGUGUGAUGUAUCUGAGGGGUGGUCUUAGGUUACACCCCUUCUGUGAUGUAUGUAUGAUGUUUCUGGGGGUGGUCUUGAUCUACAAGGUGGCAAUUUCAAAAGUCUUUAUAAGGCCUUGCACAGCAUUUUUCUGGGUCCCUCUCUCCUGUGGGUGAGGGGAGCACCCUGUUGCAACAGAUCAAUAAAGAUCAAGCUUACUAGCUGCUUUGCUUCUCAAUAUUCUCUGGUUGGCC